UUGAAAGAGGAGUAGCACUCCUCCUGAAUUUGGUGCCUGGUAUCUUUAAGAGCGGUUGUGCCUUGCUGUAAAUAUGGGGAGAAAAAAUCUCUUUUUUCUGACUUGGGAGCAGAAGAUCAGUUUUUGUUUGGAUGUUUCAUUAACAGCAAUAAAGAGGAUCUAAAACACAUUGCUUGUUUUUAAACCCGUCUUGUGAGAGAAGCCGAUUUUGUGCCUGCAGAGUUUCUUCCUUAGCUUCUCCUUACUUUCCCCCUUACACCCAUCCGCCAGGUCUUAAGAUGGGGUGUGGGCUGAGAAAGCUAGAAGAUUCAGAUGACAGCAGCCCUGGAAAAAUAUUUUCAACGCUGAAGAGACCGCAAGUGGAAACAAAAACAGACUCUGCUUAUGAGUACGUAUUGCUGGAUUUUACAUUAGAAGGUCAAUGAUGCUGCUAAAAGAGGAAUGAAGUUUGUUGGGUUUAUAACCCAGUCUUGCUCUCAAUCUAAAAUCUGCAAUGGUGCAAAUCUGGGUGAAGAUAUGGAGUCUGACUCGACACUAUGCAGAAGGAACAGAGAGCAGAGGAACCAUGAUUCAGAGGAAAAUGUUAGAAUCCUGAAUGAAGGGAUACUGAGUGGUCAAUCCUCUGAGAGUGGAAUACAGGAAGAAAUUCACCCGGAUGUCAAGCCAGUACAAAAAACUGAUUUUCAAGAUGGAAGAGAAGGCUGUCCCAGCCCAAAUAAAUUCAAGGAAAAAGAAGGGCAGUGAAAUCAAAACUGAUUAUGGUCCUUUACUGCACACUUUGGCUGAAUUUGGCUGGCUUUUAACAUGUGUGUUACCUACUCCUGUCAUACGACUGGACAGCGAAGGCAAUCUAGCCACUAAGCAAAUUGUUUUCCUUCAGCGGCCAGCUAUGGGGAACCCAGCUGUCCAGAUACCUGAGGUAAGAAUAACCAUCUGAAAUAAUCCCUGCAAAACCAUCUAAAGCUCUUAGGCAUGCCCUGUAUGUAAGGGCAUGUAUGUAAGUCUGUAACACCUAUAUGACAAUAUGUGAAAGAACUCCAUUAUUACUGAAAGCACUUCUUUUUUCCACACCAUUAUAAAGAGCGCAUUGUGUAGAGUUAUGCAAUUACUAGGAUGAGCUAUUUGACAAAUUGUUAUCCAUUUCCUUGUGAGAUAAAAAGGACAUUGAAAAUGAAAGAUUCAGAAUACUUUGCCAAAGUGAUGUCCUUGGGUGAUCUUUUGCCUGUUUCCUUAUGCACACUGUCCAUUAUUCAGCUUUUUUUAGCACGAUUUGGUGAAACUAAUGACUGUU